AUGGACGUCAAAGAGACAGAAGAGCAACGGCAGAUGCGACGCAUCGCUUUCGUCGCCGUCGUCGUUUCGACGGCCGCCGUCAUUGCCUCCGUCGUGACUCUUCCGAUGCUCUACAACUACGUGCAAUCCUUCCAAUCGCAUCUCAUGGUUGAGACCGACUACUGCAAAGUAACUUUUUCUUUCUUUUCUCUUUUCUGCUUCCUUUUUUCUCUUGUCUCCAUCUCUACAUUUUCCUCUUCUCUGCAGGCUCGUUCUCGUGACAUGUGGCUCGAAAUGACUGCCCUGCAAGCCGGAAAGGGAAUGGGACACCGUAUGAAGAGAGCCUGGCUCUUCGGCCAGUGGAUCCCAGAGACCUCCGCCGGAGGAGGUGGCUCUCAGUACGCUACUGGAGGCGGAAACGGAGGCGGUAGCUACGGAUCCGGAGCUUCUGGAGGCGGCGGUGGCGGAGCCAACACCGCCGGAUACGGAGGAUACGGAGCCGCUGUGAACGCGGAGCCGGCCGCCGUGUGCUGCACUUGCAACCAAGGAGCGGCUGGACCACCAGGACCAGAAGGACCACCAGGAAACGACGGAAAGGACGGAAGAAACGGAAACGACGGAAAGAACGGAAGAGACGCCGAGGUUCUGCCAGCUCCAGCCUCGGAGCCAUGCAUCAUCUGCCCAACUGGACCACCAGGACCACUCGGAGCCAUGGGACCAAAGGGACCACCAGGACCAAAGGGAUCGCCAGGAGAGCCACCACAGGACGGAAAGGCCGGAGACGACGGAAUGGCCGGACAGCCGGGACCAAUUGGAAGACCAGGACGCGACGGAAUGAAGGGAGCGCCAGGAGCCGCUGGCCGCCUCAUUCCGGUGCCAGGACCACAGGGAGCACCAGGAAAGCCAGGACCAAUCGGACCACCAGGACCGAAAGGAAACCCAGGACCAGACGGACAGUCGUACCAGGGACCACCAGGACCACCAGGAGACUCAGGAACUCCAGGACCAGAAGGACGUCCAGGACCGAACGGACCAGCUGGACCAGCCGGAGACAAUGGAGAGAAGGGAGACUGCGGACACUGCCCACGUGAGUUGCCCUUUUCCCCCUCCUCUGACCACAGUUAUCAUUUUCAGCGCCACGAACCCCGCCAGGCUACUAA